UCACAACUUUAAAUCAAAGCCAUUGUCGAUACAGAACGCCCCUCUCAUCAUCAGUGGUGCUUUGUGAGCAAUGGCGUUUGAAAGAAACAUUUUAAUUGUUGCCAUACUCAUCACCUUGGGGACCUUGGCAUCUCAAGCCACGUCCCGCACAUUGUACGAAGCUUCCAUUGCUGCAAAACAUGAGCAAUGGAUGGAAGAGUUUGGGCGCGUUUACCAGGACAGCGCAGAGAAGGAAAGGCGUUUCCACAUAUUCAAGAACAAUGUGGAAUUCGUGGAGAAAUUCAACAGUGAAGGGAAGAAGACAUACAAGCUAAGCAUCAAUCAAUUUUCUGAUAUGACCCAUGAAGAAUUUCUCAGACAUCAUACUGGAUACAAGAAGCCCACUGAAUCAACCUCAUCCGCAGAUGCAUCUUUUACGCACGAAAACCUAAGCCUGACGGAUGUUCCCCCAAGCAUUGACUGGAGGGAGCAAGAUGCUGUUACUCCUGUAAAAGAUCAAGGGGACUGUGGUUGUUGCUGGGCAUUUUCUGCAGUGGCAGCAGUCGAAGGGAUUACCAAAAUCAAAACUGGCCAAUUGAUCUCACUAUCUGAGCAACAACUUGUGGACUGUGAUACAAGUAACUCUGGCUGCCAAGGUGGUGACAUGGCUAAAGCCUUUGCAUACAUUCAACAGAACGGAGGAAUUGCCAGUGAAGAAAAUUACCCAUACCAGGGUUCGGAUGGAACAUGUGAUACGAACCUGGCAAAUGAGGCUGCUGCCAAGAUAACUAAUUAUGCAAGGGUAACUCCCAACAGUGAAACCGAUUUGCUCAAGGCUGUAUCCGUGCAACCAGUCUCCGUUGCCAUCGCUGCCUCACAAGCCUUUCAGCUCUAUUCCGGAGGCCUGUUCACUGAUGAUAGUUGUGGGACAGAAUUGAACCACGCUGUUACCAUCAUUGGGUAUGGGACAACGGAAGAUGGCACCCCCUAUUGGUUAAUCAAGAACUCAUGGGCCGAAAGGUGGGGUGAUAAUGGUUACAUGAAGAUUCUUAGAAACGCCGAUGCCCCAGAAGGUGUUUGUGGCCUCGCUAUGCAAGCUUCCUAUCCAAUUAUGUAAUGUAUUAAUCAAGGGCUGAGGUGAGCUUUUUCACUUUGCCUAUAGGCUAUAAGUACUACCAAGAAAACCCAUAGGCUGUGAAAAAAUGCCUGUCUAUUGUACUUGCUUAAAAUAUGCUCAAUGAAAACAAAAGAAGAAUUGCAUUCGGGCGAGACUGAUUGAUCAUAAGUUUACUGUGGUCAUCAACUUGAGAAAUAUUCCUGGAAA